AUGAAAAUAUUAAUAAAAUAUUCUUAUCUUAUUAUACAUUCUAUUGCUUUUAUAAUAACUUCAACAAAAAAUUUUGAAUCACAAUUGUAUGAAGAUUUACUUUAUGACUAUAAUAAAAUACCAAGACCUGUUAAAAAUAGUUCUGAUAUACUUUUAGUACAUGUUGGAGCAUCACUUAUAAGAAUUAUUGAUGUUGAUGAAAAGAAUCAGAUAUUAACAACAAAUCUUUGGCUGGAAAUGAAUUGGAUAGAUGCUAAAUUACAAUGGGAUCCUAAUAAAUAUGGUGGUAUUAAAACAUUACAUAUUCCAAGCGAUCUUUUAUGGACACCAGAUUUAGUACUUUAUAAUAAUGCUGCUGGAGAUCCAGAUAUAACAAUAUUUACAGAUGCUUUAGUUGCAUAUGAUGGAAGAGUUUUCUGGCAUCCACCAGCUAUUUAUAAAUCAUUUUGUCCUAUUGAUGUGACAUGGUUUCCAUAUGACUCACAAAAAUGUAAUAUGAAAUUUGGAGCAUGGUCUUAUACUGGUUUUUAUGUUGACUUAAGACAAUUACCACGUGAAGAAGUUAGAAUAUUAAAAGAUAAAGAUGGUAGUGAUAUAGAAUAUUUAGAACGUGGAAUGGAUUUAAGUUUUUUUUAUAAAUCAGCUGAAUGGGAUUUAUUAUCAUUAACAUCAGAAAGGCAUUCAGUAUUAUAUGCUAGUUGUUGUGGUCCAGAAAAAUAUGUUGAUAUAACAUAUAAUUUUGAAUUAAGAAGAAAAACAUUAUUUUUUACUUGUAAUCUAAUAGUGCCCUGUUUUUUAAUAUCAAUGUUAACAACAUUUGUUUUUUAUCUACCAGAUCACAAAAUAACAUUUUCAAUAUCUAUUUUAGUAACAUUAACUGUUUUUUUUCUUGUUCUUAUUGAUAUAAUGCCACCAACAUCUUUAGUUAUUCCAAUGUUUGGUAGAUAUUUAAUAACGACAAUGAUUCUUGUUGCAUUAUCAACUGUUGUCUCUGUUAUAACUGUCAAUUUUAGAUUUCGUAGUGGUUCUGCCCAUAAAAUGUCUCCAUGGAUUAAAACUAUUUUUUUAAAAAUAUUACCAAAAUUAAUAUUUAUAUCAAGACCUAAGAUAGUUGAAGUAAAUGAUAAAAAAUGUUAUGUAUUUAAAGGAAAAAAAUUUAAGAAAAAAGAAAAAUAUAAAGAAAGGGAGACAAAUUUUAGUGAUAAUAAAAUAAUAAAAGAAUAUCCAUUUACAUUACCAGAAAUAUCAUUAAGUAAUUAUGAGUUACCUUCAAUUUAUAAAUUAACUCAAAAAGUAAAAACAUCAUCUGAAAAGGAGUAUGACAAUGAUGAAGCAAUUAAAAAAAGUCACAAAAAAAGAGUUGAAAAAAUUAUAUUUACUAAUCUUUUAAAACAAAUAUGUUUUAUUGCUAAACAUUUUCAAAAUAAUGAAGAAGAAGCUGAAAUAAGUAAUGAUUGGACAUUUGUAGCAAUGGUUCUUGAUAGAUUAUUUUUAAUUAUUUUUUCAAUUUUUAAUGUAGCAACAUUCCUUAUUAUUCUUGAGGCACCAUCUUUAUAUGAUACAAAAGAAUCUUUAAAUAAUUCUAUCCCUAAUAAACCAUUAGGUCAAGCUAAUAUAUAUAGUAUGAGUAGUCAUAAACUAUUUGGGUAA